AAGGAAGAAAGAUGUGGCUUUUGAUCGCUGUGUCAGUGUUUGUCGGGUUUUUAAUUGUGCUGUAUUUAGCAUCUCCGUUGAUAACACCAAAACCACUGGACCUGAAAGGAGUUCAUGUGUUGGUCACUGGAGGUUCCAGUGGUAUCGGUAAGGCAAUUGCAGUGGAAGUAGCGCAGAGAGGAGCAAAUAUCUGUCUGCUGGCAAGAAAUAAGGCAAAGUUAGAGGAAGCCCAGUCUGAAAUAGAAAAAGUUUUAGUGGACAAGAAUCAACAGAAGGUCAUCCAUAUUUCUGUGGAUAUUUCCAAAGAUUAUGCAGCAGUGGUGCAGGCAAUUCAACAGGCGGAGGAGGAGCUGGGCCCGGUUGUGUUACUAGUGAACUGUGCGGGUGCGUCUGUCGCUGGCUCGUUUGAAGACCUGUCACUCAACGACUUUAAGCGGAUGAUAGACAUAAACUACAUCGGCACAGUACACGUAACGCGGGCAGUCAUUCCAAGCAUGAAGAAAAAUCAACAUGGCCGAAUUGUGUUCAUCUCUUCGCAGGCCGGUCAGAUUGGUUUGUACGGCUACACGGCCUAUUCCGGGUCAAAGUUCGCGCUCAGAGGUCUGGCCGAGGCACUGCACAUGGAGUUAAAACCAUACAAUGUGUAUGUUACGUUAGCAUUCCCUCCAGAUACAGACACACCUGGCUUUGCUGAGGAACAGAAAUCAAAGCCUGAAGAAACUCGACUUAUUUCUGAAACUGCGGGUCUGUUUCAACCGUCAGUGGUGGCAUCGUCAAUUAUUAAAGAUGUUGUGUCGGGUAGAUUCUUCAGUUAUGCAGGUUUAGAUGGAUACAUGCUGGCUGCUGUUACUUGUGGAAUGUCUCCAGUCACGUCAAUCAUGGAAGCAACUCAACAGGUGGCAUGUAUGGGAAUAUUCCGAAUUAUCUCCCUUUUCUAUCUGGACCACUUCGACCGGAUCUGCCGCAAGUGUAAACAGGAGCGGUCUGACCCGUCCAGUGAAAAGAAAACUUCGUGAAACGUGCUACUUAUUUUAUAAAUAUUUAUUCAGCUGUUGACUAGAAAGAACUUUUGAAAACAAUAUAUGCAUUAAUUUGAUAUUAAACACGCACAAUAUUUUUGCACCUGUUCAAAUAAUGUACUGUAUAUUAUAUAUGUUUAUGUGAUAACAUAGCCUGAUACAUCUCUUUAUGUCCCAGAAUGUGGCAUUAACAACGAAAACUUUUGACACAACAAAUUCCUACUAUGGUAGAUAUUUUUUUCCAAUUCUUUGUAAUUUUGUUUUUACAUUGCAUUUACUGGGGAAUUUUUUUUAUCAUUUGUUUCAAAAACUUUUUUUUUUAAAGUAAAAGUGAUAAAUUAUAAUAUUAUUGUAUGAGUAACCAUGAUAACCAUAUGGAAUAGUGUUUGUUUCGUAGUUUAUUCCCAUAUAAAAAACCCUUUUAUUUGAUGUUUAUUACACAUACAUUUAAAUAUUAUAUUAUAUUAUGUUAUUAGAACAGAUGCACACAUGUUCUUGUACUUUUGCUGCAGUCUGUUAUUGAUGGAGUAAUUUUAUUUUUGUUUUAAAAUAUGCACAUAAAAUGCAAGGUUGUUAUAUUUAUGCAUAUACAGGUGUAAUGUCAUGUAUUGGACAUAUUGGGGUUUUUUUUGCACCAUACAGAAGAAUUUCUACUCCAGAUAACAAAGGAAACUGUGCAGAGUUUAUUUGAGUAAAGUGAUAGUAGCCAGUAAUUUAUUGUCUUGAUUGAAGUCCAAAAAUAAGAUACAAAUAUUGCCUUUCUGACUGGAGGGAGGAGGGGGGCAUAUUUAUUCGCCUAUGAAAACUUGGUUUAAAUAAAAAAAAUCAUUUUGGGGUAGUGAGUAUAUAUAAAUAAAUUAAUGCCUACCCGUGGUUUUUUAAAAUAAAUUUUGGAACAGUCCAAAUCAAAUUCAAGUUUUUCACAAAUUUGGAGACAUAGCUUUUUGUUGAUUUUAUUAUUGGGGAAUAAUAAUACUCGCUGAAAACCCUCAGAAAGAUCAUUAUAGUGUUGAUUUUUUUCAUUGGCAAAUAAUAUUCGCUGAAAAAAGAUGAAAGACCGUUAAUGUUGUGUGAUAAUACAUGUAGUUUUAUACAAGCAGGCACGUUCAUGUAUGUCUAAAAGCAGUCUUGUAAAACAGGUGACUGGUUAAUGCAGGGCAGUUUGUACUAUAUUAUACUCUUUUUUUUUUAUGAGAAUAUUAAAACAGAUAUAUACAGGCACGGCAGAAGCAAGUAGACAUUGGGGGGGGGGGGGCUGACAGAUCCAGCGUGCAAAGCAAGGUUUUUAGGGGUUUUGGGGGUAUGUUCCCCUGUAAAAUUUUGAAAAUGAGGUCCUGAAAUGCAAUAUUUUAAAAGGUGAGACGUUAAUAAAAUAUUGAAUUGAAUUGAAAUUUCCUGCAUUCAUCUCUGUCUUAA